CUCGGGAAUCACUGAGUCGAAACCCAAAGCAGGUGAUGAUGGAAUUGGAAGUCGACGAGAAAGACCUGAAAGCCGCCGGCGCCGAACUCUUCGACGACGGUGGCCGGAGAGGCAUUCGUAUUCAUGGAUGGCUUAUCGAGUCUCGGAGACACUCCAUACUGAAUUCUUCUACCCUCCAAGAGUGGGAACAGAAACUUGAGACAUCUCACUUGCCAGAAAUGGUUUUCGGAGAAAACACUUUAAUUCUAAAACACUUGAGUAGUGGCACCAAAAUUCAUUUUAAUGCAUUUGAUGCUCUACGUGGGUGGAAGCAGGAAGCCUUGCCACCGGUUGAAGUUCCUGCAGCUGCUAAAUGGAAGUUUAGAAGCAAGCCCUCUCAGCAAGUAAUACUAGAUUACGACUAUACGUUUACAACACCUUAUUGUGGAAGUGGCACUGUUGCGAUUGAUAAAGAUCUGAAUGGGACAGCAAUAUCUGAGGAAACCAGCAAUAUCAAUUGGGAAGAUUGCAAAGAACAAAUUGAUGUGGUUGCACUUGCAUCCAAAGAGCCCAUACUUUUCUAUGAUGAGGUGGUGUUAUACGAGGAUGAACUUGCUGAUAAUGGAAUAUCACUUCUUACUGUAAAAGUGAGAGUCAUGCCUAGCUCUUGGUUUCUUCUAUUGCGAUUCUGGCUUAGAGUUGAUGGAGUGUUGAUUAGACUGAGAGAAACUCGUAUGCAUUGUCUAUUUGGUGAAAGUACAACUCCCAUUAUACUUCGAGAGAGUUGCUGGCGAGAAUCUACAUUUCAGGCUCUGUCUGCUAAAGGGUACCCUUUUGAUUCUGCUGCGUAUAGUGAUCCAAGCAUCAUCAGCGAGAGGCUCCCCGUCAUAAUGCAUACGACCCAAAAGCUUGUAAUUUCCUCUUAAGUUAUAAGGUUGUAAAUUCCCAUAAUGCAUAAGGGAUUCUGAUAAAUUCUUGUUCAUAUUUUUAUUCAUCUUUUGCCAUGACUGUGAAACCAUCAAUUGCUUCUUACGAGAUAAGCUCAAGAUGCGUGCAAUCAUGUUUUGUUUUGUACGAAAGGGAUGCGAGGAAUCUAUUUUACAUGAAAAAGUGAGGAGUUAUAGUUGUUAUUUAUAAAAUCAAUGGUUGGGUUUA